ACAGCCGCGGGGCGGGGUGGCUUAGACAAGGGGCGUCCGGCUAAGGCCGGGGACCCAGGGUGGUGGGCGGGGUGUCCCGCCCGCCUGUAGACCCCGCGCAGUAACUGCGAACAUUUCGCUUUCAGUUUGGGCCAAGCUGGAGGCGGCGGGGCCGUCCCGGAACGGCUGCGGCCGGGCACCCCGGGAGUUAAUCCGAAAGCGCCGCAAGCCCCGCGGGCCGGCCGCACCGCACGUGUCACCGAGAAGCUGAUGUAGAGAGAGACAGAGAAAGAGACAGAAAGCAAGAGACCAGAGUCCCGGGAAAGUCCUGCCGCGCCUUGGGACAAUUAUAAAAAUGUGGCCCCCUGGGUCAGCCUCCCAGCCACCGCCCUCACCUGCCGCGGCCACAGGUCUGCAUCCAGCGGCUCGCCCAGUGUCCCUGCAGUGCCGGCUCAGCAUGUGUCCAGCGCGCAGCCUCCUCCUUGUGGCCACCCUGGUCCUCCUGGACCACCUCAGUUUGGCCAGAAACCUCCCCGUGGCCACCCCAAGCCCAGGAAUGUUCCCAUGCCUUCACCACUCCCAAAACCUGCUGAGGGCCGUCAGCAACAUGCUCCAGAAGGCCAGACAAACUCUAGAAUUUUACCCUUGCACUUCUGAAGAGAUUGAUCAUGAAGAUAUCACAAAAGAUAAAACCAGCACAGUGGAGGCCUGUUUACCAUUGGAAUUAACCAAGAAUGAGAGUUGCCUAAAUUCCAGAGAGACUUCUUUCAUAACUAAUGGGAGUUGCCUGGCCUCCAGAAAGACCUCUUUUAUGAUGGCCCUGUGCCUUAGUAGUAUUUAUGAAGACUUGAAGAUGUACCAGGUGGAGUUCAAGACCAUGAAUGCAAAGCUUCUGAUGGAUCCUAAGAGGCAGAUCUUUCUAGAUCAAAACAUGCUGGCAGUUAUUGACGAGCUGAUGCAGCCUCAAAACAACCAUAUGGGAUCUGCACAAAGGAGGGAACCAAACCUUAGGAGAGUUAAACCACUUGUCUGAGGCUCUGCCUCUUAAAAUCCUUCAAGAGGAUUUCACUACACUUACCUUCUCCCUCACCUCUAAAAGCUCCAGGACGUACGUGCUCCAGGAUGUGCAUGCAAGGGGCCAGCUUGCAUAUCUGCAAAUGUUGCUGGGAAACAAGCAGGAUUGGUGCCUGAUUAUGACCCAUUGUGAACCAAAAUGUGAACCGAAUAAAAGAAUGACCUAUCAUCUGGGGCAUCUAUAAUGUUAUUCAUAGGCAAGAACUUGCUUUGUUAUGUUCUGAAUCACCAUAACACAGGUGCUAAUAUAAAACAAAUAUUUAUAUAAGCGAGGGUGACUGCUUUGGUGACUAGGACAUGGGAUAAAAAUAUGGUGGCAGAAAUCAUUGUCUGAAAAGUAAUUGUUUUACUUUUAUUCUUUUCGUGUGUGUGUGUGUGUGUGUGUGUGCAUGUGCCAGAUUACUUGUUUGAAAGGCAAUGAGCUUCAUCCAAGUGUCAAAGAAUGUUACCAUCUAGGCAGCUGUAGUUGCUAUUUCAUUUUUAGGACCAAGAGUUGGGUGAUGUGGGUGCUAGAAUCAAUUCUACCGGUAACCAGACAACUAUUCCCAAGUCACUUAACCCCUCUGUGCCUCAGUUUCCUCCAGUAUAAAAUGGGAUGACUUUAUUCUAGCUUUCUUUUAGACUUUUUGUGAGGAAGAUAUGAAAGUAUUUAUUCAACAAGGGUGCAAAUGUAAGGUUUUAUAUUGUGUUAUCAAAUCAAAGUGCUAAACUUGGGAAAUUCAUUGCCAGGUUUAUCUGACACAAAUGGCAUGUCUUCAGUAAACAGGCCUGUUACUGAUAGCGAGUUCGAAUCAAUAGCAAUCCAUCACCUCCCUGUGCUAAACAGAAGUGGGCUUUUUAAUGUAACAUAUAUAAAAUUAAUUAGAUAUUGCAGCAGAUGUCAUUUUAAAGGAACUGUUUCUUUCUAAAACACAACUCCCACUGAUUAUUUUUUCUAAAUAGUUUUAAGGGUCUUUUCAGAGCUCAUCGAAGACGCAUGUGCUUGGAAAAUGAGUAUUUCUUUUCUCAGGUUCUGCGUGGUGAUCUGGCUGAGAGUAGAUUUGGGUUGGGUUUAGGAGUGGCAUAAGGCACUGAGUUGCAGGCUCUGAGACAUGUACUGGCUUCACUAAUUUUUACAAAUGAAUAUUUGAAUUUUGGAAUACCAUAUAAGUCAUGCUUACUG